CAAACCCCAAAAGCACCCUCAAAUAACCCGUCAGAUGGUUCAGGAUAUCUGGAUUGACUGUGAUCCGGGGCAUGACGAUGCCUUUGCCCUGCUCCUCGCUGGCCAGACACCAGAGAUCAACGUUCUAGGCGUGUCGACCGUGUACGGCAAUUCCUCCCUUGACCACACUUGCCAAAAUGCUUGUCGUUUCCUUACAGCCAUACACCGAACAGAUAUCCCGGUCUACAAAGGCGCCUCACAUCCGCUGCUCGUACCAACUCUCUACGCACCAAACAUCCACGGCGAAAGCGGCCUUGAUGGGACGAACUUACUCCCCAAAGCCGCUAUGAAACCACGGGAAGGAAAGGCCAUUGAAGCAAUGGCAAAAGCGAUACUUAGCUGCCAGCCCGACACGUGUACUCUGGUACCUACAGGCGCCUUGACGAACAUCGCCUUGCUAUUCGCGGUAUACCCCGAGGUCGCGGCACAUGUAAAGGAAGUGGUCAUCAUGGGUGGUGCAAUGACAACGGGUAACGUUACUUCCGGCGCCGAGUUCAACAUAUAUUGCGAUCCGCACGCUGCACAAAUGGUUCUUAACAAUCCCAUUCUGGUUGGGAAAAUCGUGUUGGUGCCGUUAGAGCUAACGCAUACGGCCAUCGCUACCCCAGAGGUUCUCAAGCGAAUGGGCACACCACGCACUCCGUUUCGCACCAUGCUCGUCGAGUUAGCAACCUUCUUUGCGGAUACUUAUGCCCGAGUUUUCAACGUAACGUCUGGGCCACCAAUGCACGACGUGUGCUGCAUUGCGUACGUCCUUCGUCCAGACAGCUUUGAGACAAAGCUUAUGAGAGUCGAUGUCGUGACUGCGGCAAGUGAGCCGUCGGUUAUUGGGAGAACAGUUUGCCAUGUGUGGGGACAAAGUGAUCUGGUCAAGAAUGUGAAGGUUGCCAUGAAGAUGGAUGUCGAAGUAUUUUGGGAGAUGGUAUUGGAUGCUGUCGAGAGAGCGGACAAUAGGAGUAUAGUAAAUCAUGGCGCCCAUUAGAAACGUUUCAUGCGAUAGAAUCAGUAAGGUUAGCUGUUUGUACUGAGG